UGUUCAUGAUAAUGAUUGCAAUGACUGUGGACAACUAGUCAAUUUGCCGUGAUAAUGGUGUUUUAUCAAGUUUUGAACGUUUCAGAAGAAUAGAUCUGAUAAUGUCAUCGAUUGAAGAAGCGAAGGGCGAUAUCGCAACAGACGAGAAGGGUAGUGAAACUCCUAAGAAAGUUCACAGAAUGAAAGCAAAAAAGGACCAGGUAGAUGAAGUAGACCCUGUGUACAAAAAGUUAUCAGCAAUAAAUGGGGAGAUUAAUCGCAUGUCUUUGAAGGAACUACAGGACAAGUUGACUGAAUUAAAACUUGAUGCAAGAGGUUCCAAAGACAUUCUACAGAAAAGACUGAAGAUGCAUUUCAAGCAGAGGAAGUUAAUGAAAGCUAAAAUAAAGCCACCUGUGGAAUGUACAUAUGAUUAUUUAAUUGUCAUUGAUUUCGAAGCAACGUGUCAAGAGAACAACUAUAAUUACACCCAUGAGAUCAUUGAAUUUCCAGCAGUGUUAGUAGACUGCCACACCAGAGAAAUAGUUGAUGAAUUUCAUGAAUACUGUAAACCUGUUCUUAAUCCAAGAUUGACAGAAUUUUGCAGUAGUCUUACUGGUAUUUCACAGAGAGUUGUAGAUAAAUCAGAUGAAUUUCCAGCUGUCCUUGACAGAAUGCAGUCAUGGAUGACUAGUCAUUACUUAGGAAUACAUCAUACCUUUGCCAUUGUCACUGAUGGACCAUGGGAUAUGAGUCGUUUUCUUCAAAUGCAAUGUAAUUUGAGCAAGAUAACCUUCCCUCAUUGGGGAAAAAAGUGGAUAAACAUUCGCAAAGCUUAUUCAAGCCACUAUUCUUGUAAACGUAUGAACCUGGAAGAAAUGUUGAUAAAUCUGGGACUUAAAUUUGAAGGAACACAGCACUGUGGAUUACAUGAUUCCAGGAAUAUAGCCAAGAUUGCUAUUCAGCUUUUGGAGGAUGGCUGUGAUUUGGUGAAAAACGAAUUUCUGCAUGUGGCACAACCUCCACCUGGGCCUAAGGGUUCCAGAGAAAAUGGAUCUUGGGGUGGUGACAAUAAAACUAGGUCAAAGGAGGAAAUUGAACAGAGACUAGAAGCACUUAAGUUAGAAUCCAAGAACUUUGUUGAAGAGAAUCAAGAUUUAUUGGAAUACCACAAAUUACAGUCAGCAUGAAUAGUUUUGUAUGAUUGUCUUUAAUCCAAAGUGCUAGCAACUUGAUGAUGAAGAUGUUUGGUUGUCUGAUAUGAAAUGUUGAACAUUAUGUUUAUGAUGUUCUGGAUACAGUGGAUCUGGUGGCAAGAAAUAUUUAUAUUAGAUAAAGGAUGUCAAAUGUUGCAUUUCAAUGUUGUCUUUAAAUGUAUGCUUCAUUUGUGCAUGUUGUGUCAUUUAAGAAAUUGGAAAAAAAUAUAUCCUUUAAAUACAA